UUGACUUUACAAACUGCAUUAUCGCUGUCAUUUGCAUGCAUUUAGUUGGACUUCUAGUUGUGUCUUUCUUCGUAAAAGUGCAUAUUUUAACACGGAAGUGCACUAUUUGUCAGGAAGAUCAUUAAUUUGUAAGCAAACACUUGAUCAAGUAUAUCUCCAAAGGUUGUUGACAAUAUAGGCCACAGGGUUUAUCCUUUUAAAAAUAUGUGGUGGUUUUUUUUUUAGGAAUAAAUGCCCACACAUGUGGAUGUUGUCCCCCACAAAGUGAAGUUUAGGGUGUAUUUUGGGGGUGUCUGCGUCCUCAAAGGCUUGCCGGUGCGUUUUGGGGGCGACACAAAUUGGCGCUAGACGUUUGUGGCCUUUGGAUAAAAGCUGGAGUGCAAAUCAAACGGGAUCAUAAAGGCGACGCGUCGUGUGCUUUUUUGUUUUGGUGUGACUGUUAUUUUUGUUUUUUUUGGUGUGUGCGUGCGUGUAAUUAGUCACCCGUGUCGCUGUGCUCGCAGGACGGGAAGGAAGUGGAGUGUGCACCUUUGCGCAGAGGCAGCCUCGGCGCGGAGAGAGAGGCUCCUCUCUGGGUGCACAAAGACGAGCGGCUCGCGGUGCAACGAACACCAACCGGAUCCCAACUCCCAGCACCUUCCCGCCGCCCCGAACACGCCGCCGACGUUACAGCAUUCGACAAGUGGUGUCGGGAGCGUGCUGGCAGCGAACGUGGCGUGCAGCAGACCCCUUAAAGCACCAUGGUGAAGGCCCAGAAGUCCUCUGGGAGGAAGAGCGCUCACACCGUACGCCAAGAGCCGGAGGAGGAGGAGGAUAGGCCGCUCCAUUUAAGCAACCAGCGCUCCCCGCAGUCCAACAGCUCCUCUGAUCACCUCGGCGCUCCCGCUCCGUCUGAGGCGCCGGCUAAAAACCCCACAGAAACCCAAACGGACGUCCAGGCAUCCAAGGGUGACUCCGCCGCUCAGUCCAAGCCCCUGUGGAGGCCCAUCCCCCCGCUGCUGCCGGAACCCGACAGAGGCGAUGCCCCGGUGACCCGGGAACAGAGCUGCCAGACUGAGGAUCUGAUGCACCACAGCACUGCUGCCACUCAUAACACAGGUCACUGUGUGGAGCCCGGAGAUGCUCCUCUGCUCCAGCAGCCACUGCACACGUCCAAGUCCGGAAUCCACCAGAUCAUUGAAUGCUUCCGCUCAGGCACCAGCCAGCUGAGGCACAUGCUGCUGCGGGAGGUGGACACCAUCUUCGAGUGUAAAGUGUGUCGCAGUCUCUUCAGAGGCCUGCCUAACCUCAUCACGCACAAAGAGUACUACUGCCUGACACGGCUGCCGGAGUACGACGGAGAUGACCGGCAGAGUGUGGCCCUCAAGGAUUUGACGGAUAUCAUAUAUCACAGAGGCGACCGGCCGGAUUAUGUGGUCCGGCUGGAGCCCAUCCAGACCACCAGCAAGGCCGUGUACCAGUACUUGACCACAGAGGAGGAUUUGGCGCGCUAUCCAUCAAGGGCCCCCAGUGCCAGGGAGAGUCCGGUCGCCUGGGAGCGAGAGUCGAUGGAGAUUGAGACAGACCCGCUCGGUGGUCCACAGAGUCCGGCACAAAGCCACCACAGCCAGGGGAAGAAAAAGCGUGACGCAGAGGAGGACGAGGCCACGCAGGAACCACCACAGGCUGAGGACGAGGAAUCCACCAGUGGGGUGGAUGAUGUGACCAUCUCCUGCUGUCUGUGCGGUCAGGACUUCAACUCGCGCCGCAGCAUCAGGCGCCACUGCCGCAAGAUGCACCAGACCAAACUGGAGGAGCUGCGGAAGUUCACGGAGACGCGCACCGUACCCACCAGCCUGCUGUCCAUGGUGAAAGGUCGACCACGGGCUCGGCCUCGGAGCACGCCGGCGGGAAAGUCCUGCCACGUGUGCCACAAAGUCUUUGCCACCAAAACCAACGUGCGCCGACACUACGACGAGGUGCACCGCGGCCUGCGGCGGGACGCCAUCACCCCGGCCGUCGCCUCCAGGCCCGGCCAGCCGCUCUCUGUGGAGGCCACGCCCCCCAGGAAGAGCAACGGCGCCUCGCCGCCAGGCGGGAGCAACGGCAGCGCCGCCAAGGCCGCCCCUGUCAGCCAAAACCGCGCCAAGCCUCAGCAGAGUCAAGCGUCGCCUCCUCCGCAGGCCAACCAGGCGCCGAGUCGCUGCACGCUGUGCAAGAGGAACUACAGCUCCCAGCUGAUGUUGAAGCGACACAUGCGUAUCGUCCACAAGAUCUACAGCGUCAAAACCAACCGCUCAGCGACGGCGGCGUCUUCAUCGACGACGACGACGACGACCACCACAGCGGCUCCAAACAUCAGCAGCGGCGUGCAGCCUAGCAACAGUAUCCGGGUCAAAGAGGAAGUGGUGGAAGCCUCAGAGGAAGAGGACGACAUGGACAGCAGUCCGGCGCCGUCACCCGCCCACAGCACGGGGUCUGUCAAAGGUGCCGCUGUGGCCCCCGCUGCCCUAAAGGUGAAGGAGGAGGAAACUCCGUGGGUCCCAAAGGCGCCGGUGAGCGCGUCUGCCGGAAGCGCCGUCGCCAAACCCAAACUGUCGGUGGGCUUCGACUUCAAGCAGCUCUUCUGCAAGCUGUGCAAGCGGCAGUUCAGCUCUCGCCAGAACCUGUCCAAGCACAUCGAGCUGCACAUGGACGGCAACGACAUUUUCAUCAAGUUCUACCGCUGCCCGCUCUGCCGCUACGAGUCGCGCCGCAAGCGGGACGUCCUGCGCCACGUGACGGUGGUGCACAAGAAGUCCACCUCCUACCUGGCCAAGAUCAUGCCCAAGCUGGAGAGCAGGGCGGUGAAGCGGCUGGCGGAGGUCGUCCUCAACAGCACCAACCCCAAGAGAGUCUGCCCCGCCAAGGAGGAAGUGAACGGACGCCCGACGGCUGUUCCCGCCACUUGUCUGUCCUCUCCUGUCACCCGUAAGCAGGACUACUCCGCCAGCACCGCCGCCGCCUCCUCCUCGGCGCCGCCUCCCGCCCCCGCCACCGCCCCCGCCCCUGCCCCCGCCCCUGCCCCGGCCUCCGCACGGAAGCAGCAGGAAGCGCCGUCGCCGUCCCCCGCUCCAUCGCCGCCCGUCACCCGUAAGCAAGACAAGCAGCAGCAGCAGCCUCGGCCCAUCAGCCCCCCGAUGACCCGCCGCAGCGACAAGCACUCGCACCAGCGCAACUCCGCCGCCGCCUCCUCAGCGCCGCACACUCGCCGCCACGACGCGGAGAGCUCCGCCUCCACUGAAGUCAAAGUGACCAAGAACUUCUCGCUGCACGCCUGCGACCAGUGCGGGCGCGCCUUCGCCAAGAAGGUGUACCUGGAGUCGCACAAGCGCAGCCACCGGAACGCGGUGGCGGCGGUGGCCGGCGCGAGGAAAGGAGUCAGCACGCGCUCCAAAUCGCUGGUGUGAGGAACAACACAGCGUGUAAGAAAUGACUUCUCUUCUUACCGCUUUUGUGACACUCGCCAUGCACUCGGCACAAAGGAGCGUCAGUGUGUACUUGAGUUAGCGGCUUGAAAGGUGUGUGUGCGUGUGUGUGUGUGUGUGUGUGUGUGUGUGUGUGUGUGUGUGUGUGUGUGUGUGUGUGUGUGUGUGUGUGUGUGUGUGUGUGUGUGUGUGUGUGUGUGUGUGUGUGUGUGUGUGUGUGUGUGUGUGUGUGUGUGUGUGUGUGUGUGUGUGUGUGUGUGUGUGUGUGUGUGUGUGUGUGUGCGUGCGUGCGUGCGAAGAGCUGAGACAAGAAGCGGCAGCCAUUAAUCGACCGCCGCUCGUUUACCAGCUGUUUCCUUUUACGUUCACCUGAAAUCUGCCUCUUUGUUUGAGUCCUCCCGCGUCUUUCACCCGCCCCUCCCCCGCCGCUCGCAGUCCGCUGACGGACAAUGGGCGCCGAAACUUUGCAAAGACGGGUGAAAAGUUAGUGGGCAAACACGGACGGAAACCACAAUACCGUUUUAUGUGGAGUUUUAUUGCACGGGAGCCAAAUAUUGCAUCAAUUUUGUUUCUUGAGCGAGGCCAGCGAUGACACAAACUGGCCACAAGAUGGCACUGUUGUGCGUAUUUCUAUUCCUUUAAGUCCCCCAAAGUAUUUAUGACGACCAAAAUCAAGGAUUUUCUUUUUUUUAAAUUGUGUUUAAUGUCCUUUUGUCCACAGAUUUUUUUUUGUUUGUAUUACUUUCAGUCGGAUCACACAAAGUUGUGAUGAAUAUUCCUUUUCCGUGGGUAGAACAAGGAGAAGAAGCGUUUCGGCGGUCGCUGAACAACACUGGACGACAUGAAGUAACGUGUACAUAAUGUUCAAAGAGAAGACGUCAUGGGACAAUAGCUGGAAAGUUUAUUUUUAUAUUUAACAUAAAGACUUUAGUUAGCGCAACAAGGGAAAGACGUGUAUGUUAAUAUUAGUUCCAAUAUAAUCUCUGUUUCAUUCGUCUUCUAUUUUGUGUGAGGAGAGAACAAAAACCUCAAAGUACGCCAGGGAAUAUUUUCUUUUAACGUUGCAACAUUUCAGAAGAAUGUACAAAACCCAUGAAAUAAACACUUUAAUCUUUAAA